GAAAAGAAGAAAAAAAGGGAUUUUAGUCAGCACGAAAACUUACACCGCUGUAUGCUAAAAAAAAGUUUUUAGGGUUUUUUCUUUAACUUGGCUAAUCUAAUUUUGUUUUCCCUCUCUAGUGUUGUGGAUAUCUGUACAGUAAUGUAAUUAGAAUGUCAUUUUUCGAAGGGAAGUGAUUCCAAAUUGGAACAUAUUUAAUGCCAAAAAUAGAAGAAUCUAAAAGAUCCAUUCCCUUAUCAUAAUUCCUUUAAAAUACAACUCAACUCAACUCAAAUAUUUUAUUUUUAUUUUUAUCUAUAUUUAUCGAACGCCUUUAAGAAAACCUCUUCAUUUGAAUUUCGGAUCUGAGAUUUCAGGCUACUGUCAGUUGGUCGGUUGCAAGGAACUGAUGUUAGGCAUGGAGGUCGCCAAAGAUCAAGAACUAGUAGACGGAACUGUUGCACGGGAGUCUGGAAAAUCCAUGCCGUCAUCUCAACAGGAGGAGGCAGUUGUAAAGAAAAAAUACGGAGGGAUUAUGCCCAAGAAGCCUCCACUUAUCUCUAAGGACCAUGAACGUGCCUACUUUGACUCUGCAGAUUGGGCACUUGGAAAGCAAGGUGUUGAGAAGCCCAAAGGACCACUUCAAGCCCUCCGUCCCAAAUUGCAGGUUCCAUAUGGGGUUCUCAAACAACUGGAGUUUUUGGAUUUACUUGCUUUAUAUUUAUGUUCGGAAAUGGAAGAUGAUAUAAAAAGUCUUGUCUAGCAUCUGCACUAACAUGACUUAAAGUUUAAGAUAAGCAACUACCUUAAUUACAUCUUUUUAUUUUGGUACUGUAUUGACUUGGUAUGGUCGUUUCUUCAACCUAAUUAACUUGUAUUUCAUACUGAAUUUAACAUUUUAUAAAGAGCAGCUGAAUGAUUUCUGAUACAAGAUGUUCCCGGAAUCAUGUUGUAAUGGAAUUUUUAUGCAGUUUGUCUUUGUAAUUUCAAGCACGUUACUUUCAGGAAAGAGAAAAAUAAAAGGAUUUGAGAUGAUUUUCAUUGCAAUUCUCCUUUUUUUCCUGUCCAAUAUUUUUCCUCAGAUGUGUGGUCCCGUGGUCUUCUUUUGAUUAAUCACUUGCCGUUAUAUCCCAUUUUGUUUUCUGCUAGUUAGUUGUUUAUCAGUCAUUUAUUUAGUUCUUUUAUGAUGCAUGGUUAUGAUUACUUCUGCACUUUGUCUUCAGCCUACACAACAACAAACAAGA